AUGGCAGGUCUGAAAACCAUUCUGCCACGCUUCUUCAACGCGGAGUCACAAUCCAACACGGCGCACCCACGCGUCUUCAACCCUGAGUUACAACCCAACACGACGCACCCACGCUUCUUCAACCCUGAGUUACAACCCAACACGGCGCACCCACGCGUCUUCAACCCUGAGUCACAACCCAACACGGCGCAACCAAGCUUCUUCAACCCUGAGUCACAACCCAACACCGCGCACCCACGCUUCUUCAACCCUGAGUCACCACCCAACACAGCGCACCCACGCUUCUUCAACCCUGAGUCGUCACCCAACACGGCGCACCCAAGCUUCUUCAACCCUGAGUCACAACCUAACACGGCGCACUCACGCUUCUUCAACCUUAAGUCACAACCCAACACGGCGCACCCACGCUUCUUCAACCUUGAGUCACCACCCAACACGGCGCACCCACGCUUCUUCAACCCUGAGUCACAACCCAACACGGCGCACUCACGCUUCUUCAACCCUGAGUCACAACCCAACACGGCGCACCCACGUUUAUUCAACCCUGAGUCACAACCUAACACGGCGCACCAACGCUUCUUCAACCCUGAGUAA